CUCUUUUCUCACUAGUGAAACCCAAAAAUGGUGACCAAUAUUCUUGUUGCCAUCCUUUUUCUUAUCUCCACCAUCUUGUCACACUCGAAAGCUCUCCGAUUCCCUCAAGAGCUCUUCAACUUUUCCUCAAAUCAAAUCUCCAUUGUUGAUAACCCCUCCAGGCCACCUUCUUCUUCAGCCUCUCCAACUCCAUUGUUAUCGCCUGCAAGUCCUACAGUUUCUUCCCCUCUGGUCCCUGCACUAUUCAUUAUUGGGGACUCAACCGUUGACUGCGGCAACAACAACUUUCUUGGUACUUUUGCUCGUGCUGAUCGCCCUCCUUAUGGUCGAGAUUUCGACACCCAUCAGCCCACUGGACGCUUCAGUAAUGGAAGAAUCCCAGUUGAUUAUCUCGCAUUGCAUCUUGGACUUCCCUUUGUGCCGAGUUAUCUUGGACAAGCAGGAGAGCUCGAGGAUAUGCUUCAUGGUGUCAAUUAUGCAUCUGCUGCCGCUGGCGUUAUAUUCUCAAGUGGAUCAGAGUUGGGUCAGCACAUCUCAUUCACCCACCAAAUUCAGCAGUUCACUGAUACUUACCAGCAGUUUGUUUUAAGCCUGGGUGAGGAUGUAGCAAAUGAUCUCAUCUCCAGUUCGGUGCUUUACAUUUCUAUUGGGAUAAAUGACUAUAUACAUUACUAUUUGCGUAAUGUAUCUAAUGUGCAAAACCUAUACCUACCUUGGGGUUUCAACCAGUUCUUAGCAUCUACAAUGAGGCAGGAAAUAAAGAACUUGUACAACAUAAAUGUUAGGAGACUGGUGAUCAUGGGGUUACCACCCAUUGGUUGUGCUCCUUACUACUUGUGGCGGUACAAGAGCAACAAGGGAGAGUGUAUUGAAGAGAUAAAUGACAUGAUUAUGGAGUUCAACUUUGUCAUGAGAUACAUGACCGAGGAGCUUCUUCAUGAGCUUCCUGAUGCUCACAUAAUUUUCUGUGAUGUGUUUCAAGGGUCCAUGGAUAUAAUUCAGAACCAUAAGCGUUAUGGUUUUAAAGCUACAGCUGAUGCUUGCUGUGGGUUAGGGAGAUAUAAAGGAUGGAUCAUGUGCAUGUCACCAGAAAUGGCAUGUCGUGAUGCUUCCAAUCACAUCUGGUGGGACCAGUUUCAUCCAACUGAUGCAGUGAAUGCCAUCCUUGCAGACAAUGUUUGGAGCAGCCGGCACACAGAAAUGUGCUAUCCCAUGAACUUGGAAAAAAUGGUUGUCUCCAAGCCUGAGUAACCUAAUAUUGAAUCUUCAA